AUGGCCACUUCAAUUAACCUGAAUACUAUGCAGCCACAGGCCAUGCAUCCCCCAACAAAUACCAACAACGAGGCUGCUAGCCAGGCCAGCCCUCGAAAAGCAACAAAAAGCUGUCUAAAAACUCAGACAUCGACAGACGGGGUCGACGAAGAGGUAGAUGGCGAGAAGAGCACCGGCAAAGAAGACGCAGACACAAACGCACCUGCCAUGGCCACACACAUGAACAUGUCAGGUGCUCUUCAACGCAAGAUGUCGGAACUCCAAGCCAGUGGCUGGAGACCGCCGGAAGAGUCAUUCGAUAGUGACGAUGACUACGAUGGUGUCGACAUGAUUAGCAACAGCGAUGACGAAGAAAAGAGUAUGAGAAAGGCUGAGGAGAAGCUGAUGGCUCAAGAUGAAGAUGACGACGACGAGCACAACGCUGCUCUGGCACGAAGACUUAGUUUGUCCAGCCAAAACAGCAACCAAGCCGAGCUGGCCUACCUCGAGUUCAACGACGACUACCUCUUGGGCGAUGUCCCUUUCUCGCAGCCUUGGCUCGAUGCUGACGAGAUCAUGGCCGCGCCCGAGUUCUUCCGUGAGGGAAGNCCCCUGACAAGGACUGAGAGCGAACAGACCGUGCCCCCUCAGCGUCGUGUACGCUUUGAGGAGAGAGCAGACAUGUCUGACGAGACCGACUCGGACAACGACAGCGACUUCUUCCCCGAUCUCUUCAUCCAACAAGACCACCUCGACCCGCGCUUUAGACGCUUGAUCGAGAAGGAUGACGACCACGAGUUGUACCAGGACGACAGUAGUAAUGCCGGUUCUGAAUGGGACUUUGAGGCCGAUGAGAUGAGAAUGCUACUCAUGGACGAGGAAGAGGAGGAAUCGGAUUCGUCAGCAGGCUCCAGCGGCUACGAAUGUAUUUCCCCAAAGCCGAUGACGGUGACACUACCGACGAAGAGCCCAUGCCUCCCCCACCCAAGAGAGCUUCCACCGCACCUACAAGCCCCAGUAGCAACNCUCGCCACUCCUCGCCCUUCCAAUGCAAGCUCAACCCGCAUCAGAUUGCCCCUUCGCAAGAACAAGAACAAGCGCACCCCUACACAGCCCAAGAUGGGAACAUUCAUCAUCGACCCUCACCGCCCUGUUCUCACCAUUGAUGGUGUUGGUGUUUCGCAAAAGAGCACUUUAUGGCCUGCGAAGAUUCAAUCUGCUGCUGACAAGCAGUUGUGGGAGCGCAUGCACAUGCUGAGCAACACCAACAGUCGUGCUACUAGUCGUACCACCAGCCCUCGCCAGUCGGUUCAACUGACUCCUUCUGGCGAGAGCGACGCCAUGAGCAUUGGCGAGGAGAACGACUUCUUCGACUCUUUCGGUGCCCUUCGUACCGAUCAAGUCAUUGGUCCACCAGAAGCUUUUACUCCUUUUGUUGAUGUCACUGCUUCCGGUGCUGUCAUCCACGACUUUGGUGCUGCCCUUCCUGGUGCUGAAGCAGAGGAAGAACAAGACCCUAUGUGCUUCUUGAACUUUGACGAUGACGACGAUGAGGAUCAAGACAUGCCUGAUGAGUCUGACCACGCCGCCUCUCCUACCACCCAGUCUUUCUCUUCUCAAGUCACAAACACUACUUCAUCCCAACCUGGCGGCUUUGAUCUGCUUGCUCAUCUCGACCGCCACGGAGUCGUUGGCUCCUUCCGCCGCAAUCAACACUUCGCCAAAGCCGUUGGUUCUCUGCCUUCGCACCCUGCUCUCAGAGCUUCUAUGUCCGAGACAAACGCCAUGCAGACAGGUCGUCGUGCUGCAGCCAACACACCCAUCACACCUCUAAGNAAAAAGAAGGCAAAGGGUGUUGGAGCUCGCAACUCUCCCAUGACCACUACAAGUCCUCUUACCAAGAGCCCUCCUUUUAAGAAGAAAGGACCCAUCAGAGGCGGUUUCAGCCGUCGCUGA